AUGGCUCCCCAUCCGCCCUUCAAGGAAGUUGAAGCUAGCCGUCCCGACUUUGAUGAUGCUUUCCAGCACACCGUCACAAAGGUGCCUCAGCCUGACUGGCAGCCUGGCGGAGGCCUCAACAAUCUGCCUGAUAGCGAGCAGUUCAAGCCGGAGGAUGCUCAAUGGCGGGUCAUAGACCCCAAAGACUUCGAGAAGCCACAGCUGUACAAGCUGAUGAUUUCGGGGAUCACACCUCGGCCUAUCGCUUUCCUCUCGACAAAAUCGCCAGAGGGCAAGUGCAAUCUCGCUCCCUUUUCUUACUUCAACAUGAUCAGCCACAACCCACCGACCAUCAUGGUGUCAAUACAAAGCAAUCCCAAGAACCCCUCUGGCUUGAAAGAUUCGGCGUACAACAUAAGAGAAACCAAAGAGUUCUGCGUGUCCAUCAUCUCCGAGCCCUUCCUCGAAGCGGCGAAUGUCACCUCGAUUGACCUGCCACCAGAAAUGCAAGAAUGGGAUCUUUCGGGUCUGACCAAGCGGAAGUCUGAAUCUGUAGAUGUCCCCCAUGUGGCCGAAGCUGCGUUCAGCAUGGAGUGCACGCUUCAGCACUGGUACGAGCUUCGAAAUGAUGCGGGCGAGCUGUCCAACACUGUCGUUCUGGGCCGGAUAAGGCGGUUCCAGACUAAGGAGUUCAUCUUUGACCCGGAGGAUAAGAUGAAGGUGCUUGCAGAGAAGUUGAGGCCCGUAUCCCGUCUAGGUGGCAUCACCUACGCCCGCUCAACACAAUACUCUGAGCUGCCGAGACCCGCUUGGGCCGAUGUCAAGGAUCUCCCGGAGUAUAAGGCGGCGAUAGAGAAGGGAACCAAGGAGAUCGAGUAG